GGAACUUGUGUGACGUAUUCUAGACACCAGUACUAAUCGAGCUGCUGAACAGGAAGCUAAGGUUAUUGAAGUGUUACAUCGGUCGACUUUUGCUGAAGCAUCAAAAUGAAACACGUAACAAGAACAACUGUACGUUAACUAUCAGUGUUUCCUUCUCAACACAGACGUAAAGUGCAGCGCGGUAAUCUUUCACAAAGAUGAAGUCACGGAUAGCGGGAAUCGUUUGCCUGUUUCUCCUGGAGAUUGGUUUCCUGACUAAUGCGCAAGGGGUUCCUGGUUUGACGGCCCACUUCAUAAAUGAAACCGCCGUUAAUGUGAGUUGGAAUGCUCCCUCUAGCAAUGAAAAGAUCGCCAGCUAUGAAGUCAUUAUUUUAGAGGGAAAUGCUGAGCUGAACAAUAUAGCUGUGGACAAUAGCACACGUUCUGUUAUUAUUCCUUCUCUGGAUUACUGUAAAUCAUACACGGUGCAAGUGAUCGGAAUCUUGAAGAACGGGUCAGUGAUAACAACUCCAGCACCCGGGAACGUUACCACUUAUCAAUAUAACACUCGUUGCGCCGCACCCUCUAUAGCGCCCAAGACGCAGAAGGUGUACGUGCGCCGUGGCGAUCCAGUAACUUUGAAAUGCAACUACUCAGGGAUUCCAACACCGUCUCUAUAUUGGAGAGUGGAUGGCCCUAGUGCGAAUAAAGAUGUCAGGCAGGGAAAUCCAGUGAAUUUAAUCAAUGAUCCCAUGGGGUCAGAAGUUCAGACGCUGACUGUAAAAAACGGAAACUUGCAAAUCUCAAACGUCGACGAUCUGGACAAAGAGAGAGUUUAUAAGUGCGUGGUUGAGAAUCGUCUGGGAAAAGCCUCAAGCAAUGUUACGUUAACUUUGGUCGGAGUUUAUGAGACGGUACAAAUGGACAUUAAAGUGGAAUGGACCUCAGAAGUCCGAAAGCAUUACCAAAACAAUGCUACGCUCAACAGCUUCCUUGGUCAGCAGAUUAAAUCAGAGGUGGGAAACUUUUCCUCAAAACUACAGGAUAUGAGAGUGUCAGUUAUUCGCACAGUUUUGAAAGUGGAUGUUGAGGUCAUUAUGAAUCUUUUUAUCAAUGCGACGACGACAGAAGGAGAUCCGUCAGAUGAAAUAGAAAAAGGAAUCCUGAGGAUGGCAGACUCAAAAAAGUUUGGUGUGCUUCCUAUUAAAAGCGUCACUAUUUUAGAUUUACCUCCGCCACCCCCGACAAACUUGAGACUUGAUGACAUCCAAGCUAAAGAAGCCACCAUCACGUGGCAGCCACCACACCACCCUGAAGUGUACGAAGUCAGUGGGUUCACUGUGCAGAUGAAAAAGGUUCUAGGUGGAACUGGAUAUGUCACUGAAAUGUCUGUGGGCGCUGAUCUCACCAAAGCGCAACUGACUAAGCUCGAACCUGAUACCGAGUACCUGGUACGAGUUACGGCACAUAGGGAUAAAAGUGGAAAAAUCGGGUUGUCGCAGCCAUUAGAAAUGACUACCGAGAAAGGCACACAAGUUGUCGCCAUAGUCGUUGGUAUACUUGCAGCAGUUCUUGUACUAGUCGCGGUGGUGGUUGCUGUUGUGUUUUAUCGUAAACGUCAAUUUCCCCCUCGAGACGAAGAAAGAAGGUUUACCUUAGAUGAGUUACAACUAAGGCAAGGGAGAAGAACCUACGGUCCUGCUGGUGACACAAACCCUUACGAGUUGAAUGCACAACACCUCCAGUUGGCUCAAGUUCCAGAGAACUUCCAUCGAAAUUGGCCUGAAAUCCCACGGGAUUACCUCAAGAUUGGGGACGAACUUGGCGCUGGGGCUUUUGGUGUCGUAAAGAAAGGAUUCCUAAUGCGAAACAAUAAAGUAAUUGAAUGCGCUGUAAAGAUGUUAAAAAAACACGGAACUGAACUAGAGUUACGAGAUUUGUUCAACGAGCUUAACAUCAUGGCUUCUGUCGGAAAUCAUCCGAACGUGGUGAGCUUGAUUGGAGCAUGCUCAGACGAUGGUCCUCUGUGGGUAGUAGUUAAGUUUGCUGAAAACGGCUGCUUGCUGGAUUACCUUCGGAAGCACAGAGAAGAGAACUUCAAAGACCCUAAUUACGUCAACUUAAAAAACAAGGAUACUGAGCAGGAGGAGUCCAAAGGAAUAACCAAUGCUGAAAAAACUCGCUUCGCGUACGGCAUUGCGAAGGGAAUGAAUCACUUGGCAAAAAUGAAGUGUGUACAUCGGGACCUUGCCUGCAGAAACGUGCUUUUAGGAAAGAACCGCAUACCGAUGGUGGCAGACUUCGGACUCGCUCGUGAUAUCUAUGAAAGUGGGGCGUACGAAACUACAACCGGGGGUAAACUUCCGGUCAGGUGGAUGGCUUUGGAAUCACUGCAAGACUACUCCUAUACUUCUGAGAGUGAUGUAUGGGCAUACGGUGUUGUUUUGUGGGAGAUUGAAACUGGUGCCAAUGUCCCGUAUGCUGCUUUGGGAGGACAGGAGAUUGUUGAAGCUUUGAGAAGAGGAGAAAGGUUGUCAAGACCUGAGAGAUGCACUGAUGAAAUAUAUGAAAUCAUGACAAAUUGCUGGCACGCUGACCCAAAGGAAAGGCCAACUUUCGAGGAUAUUGUUAAGCUCACCGAAAGAAUGUUAUUGGAGGAUAGUGACUACUUGGAGCUCGAAGGCGAAAUGGCAGAGGAAGGAGACGAAGAAGAAGACGAUACUCCUUAUGACGAAACAUCCUUCCGUCGAAUACCAGAAGAAUUUUUGUCCGAUCCUGAAACAGCAACGCAGAGCUCACAACCAGUCCUGGAGCCCGCGAGUCCCGUCCAGUUUGACGGACAACUUCCUUUAGACAAUGACCAAGAAGGGAAGGAUGAAGGAAAAGGAGAUAAAAAUACACAUUUUUAAUCUAAUCACGUAUGGCUUGAUAGCACAGUGUGGGGGUUAACAUCCUAACUCCCUGGACUCAUUAUCACAUUAGUUGUCAUAACAAUAGAAAUGUAUUAUCUAGCCAGAAGUUUGCGAGAAUUGGCAAUCUAAUAAGUUCAGUAGAUGGUGUUUCCUUUAUUUAUCAAUAAAGGGCAAAAUUACUGAGCGCUGAUUGGUUGAGAGAGAGGGCAUUUUUUUCUUAAUCGAGGGCAUUUUUAGUAAUCAAGAGAGGGCAUGAUUACCUGUUAAUGAUUGGCUAAUCCGUUGCAUUGCUAAUCCGUUGCUUCCCAGAUAAAAAUAGACUGCGCGCGUGAUUUUCCUUCGUAUAAAUUUUGCCCUUUAUUGAUAAACAAGUAAUCCCAUGAGACCUCGUACUAUUAAGGAUUAAUUGCACUUGAGUUUUCAAAAUUUUCCAAAUUGCCCUCGUCGCUUCGCGACUCGGGCAAUUUUGGAAAAUUUUGAAAACUCUCGUGCAAUUAAUCCUUAAUAGUACUUGGCCUCAUGUGAUUACCUAUACAAAACACCUUAUUCAUUAUUUAUAACAAAUCUCUAAGGAAGUCUGUAACAACCAGGAGAGAAAACUAAGGACUAGGUCAAGGAAGUGUAAGGCUAAGAUUUAUCGUCACAUGACCCGCAAGGCCCCGCAUACGUUCCAUGUAAAAACACAAUGUAAACAUCCCCGUAUGAGGGCCGAAGGCGAUGGCGCGAGCAAGAGCAGGAAAACCUUCCCACCCUGUGUAUCCAAAUCUUAGGAAGGUGGACCAAGGGGAAGAUAUGGAAAAAUGCUUAUUGAAUGAUUCAGGUCGGGCCGGACGGGAAAAUAUCUGGUUCCAAGGUUCUCCUUUGCGAUGAUAGGACUUGUCGUUUUGACAAUAUGGGCUUCUAUGAUGACCUUCUUUCACGCACUCGAAACAUCGAAUACCGCAACGACAACAGUCCCUUUUGAGGACUUCUUUCACACGGACGAUCAGCCAACACGUCCAAAGCACUGUUAUCGAGAGAGAAAUUACCAGAUCAUUUUCAACCCGAUUGUUUAAAUGUUGUAAAAGGGUUAAUAUUCCCUCUGUUACGCUUCAGCGCGUUGAUAAUUUUGUUUUCAGGAAACAUUUCUUUCUCAUCAGCUUCCUCACAACUUUCAAUGUUUAGCUUAAAUUGCAUCGUAAAAUACGCAACAAAGGAAACUAUACACGCCCAAUAGAGUUGGUUUUUUCUCUUUCGAAACAGCGAAAUUAAUCAGAAUCAUGUCUCGUUUGCUUUUCUGAUUAAAAUAUAAGCAUUGCUGUUUGAUGCAGGUUUUUUAAUUUCAGCUAUUGCGUAGCAAAAAAGUCAUUUGGUAAAAAAAUUAAUAGUUCCAGUCUAAAAUACAAGAAUAUUUAAUUUG